AUGGACAUUACGUCGCAUGUGCGGUCCGCCUCGUUCUCGUUCCUGACGGCGGACGAGGUGCGGAGCAUUUCGGUGCGACAGGUUGUCAACCCGGUGCUGCUGGACCAUGCUAAUGCGCCGACGGAGGGCGGUCUGUACGACCCGGCGUUCGGGCCGAUGCGUGUGGACGACCUGUGCCAGACCUGCCACAUGAGUCACUUUGAGUGCCCUGGGCACUUUGGGCACAUGGAGCUCCCUGCGCCCGUGUUCCACCCCCUGUUUAUGAACCAUGCGUACUCGCUGCUGCGUGGCACGUGUCUGUACUGCCACCACUUCAAGCUGCCGCGCAUGGCGGUCGCCAAGUACACGGCGCAGUUUCGCCUGCUCGAGUAUGGCCUUGUGGACGAGGCGCAGGUGAUCGGGGAGGCGACGCUUCGCCGCUCGGACGCGGGCGAUGACGACGAGGAGGCGCCGCUCGCCGCCGGCGCCACACAGGCGGAGACAGUCGACGACUUUGUGCGCCGCAUCGACGCCGAGGCCCGCCGGCACAUGGCCGCGGCCCAGGCGCGCGGCGUGCGCCGCGGCCAGGACAUGGGCAUGGCGACAUACGCCGCGCGGCGUGCGCUGCGCGCCGCCUUUCUCAAGGACAUGCUCCGCCGGCGCUGCGAGCAGUGCCAGGCGAUGAACCCGACGCUGCGCAAGGACGGCUUUGUGAAGAUCACCGAGCGUGCGCUCUCGGCCCGCGACCACGCGAUCCACGAGGCACGCGGCCUGCGUCGCCCCAACGUGCUCCUGGACCGCGAGGAGGCGCCAGCGGGCGCCAUGGAGGAUGCACCCGCGGUCACACUCAAGGAGGCUCGCAAGCUGAGCAAGGAGGCCGGCGAGCAGACGCGCGUCGUGCCUGCGAGCGAGUGCCGCGCGCACCUGCGGCGCCUCUUCGCCAACGAGGCGGCGAUCUGUGCGCUCGUCUUUGGGCGGCACCCCGUGUUUGGCGGGCGGGCGGCGCCGAGCGCGGACGUGUUCUUUGUGGACGUGAUCUGCGUGACGCCCACGCGCUUCCGCCCCGCGAGCGUGAUGGGCGAGCAGACGUUUGAGAACCCCCAGAACGAGCUGCUGACCAAGGUGCUGCAGACGACGUUCCUUGUGCGCGACGCGAACGAGCGGGCGCAGGCGUUCCAGCGCAAGGCGGACUACCCGUCGCUCGACGGCGUCGACGAAGCAGAGGCGAUCCGGCUCGUCGCGCAGUGGGAGGGCGCGCGCCGCGCGGCGCUGGACGACCUGCUCUCUGCGAUGAUGCAGCUGCAGGUGAGCGUGAACGUGUACAUGGACUCGAGCAAGAACCCCGCGCCUGCGCGGCAGGGCGCCGCGGCGACGCCGGGCGUGAAGCAGGGCCUCGAAAAGAAGGAGGGCCUGUUCCGCAAGCACAUGAUGGGCAAGCGUGUCAACUUUGCCGCGCGCUCGGUCAUCUCGCCCGACGUGAACAUUGAGACGAACGAGAUCGGCGUGCCGCCCGUGUUCGCCAAGCGGCUGACGUACCCCGAGCCGGUCACGGUGCACAACGUCGAGAUGCUGCGCCAGCUCGUGAUCAACGGCCCUGACGUCUACCCCGGCGCACAGGCGGUGCGGGCCGAGGACGGCACCGAGACGCUUCUGCAGCACCUGUCCGUGGAGGAGCGCACGGCCCUCGCGAACCAGCUGCUCACGCCGCAGGGCCAGACGUCGCGGCAAGCGCACGGCACGUUCGGCGGCGUGGGCGGCACGCUGCGCACGCCCGUCGCGAACAAGCAGGUGCUGCGUCACCUGCGCACGGGCGACAUUCUCGUGAUGAACCGCCAGCCGACGCUGCACAAGCCGUCGAUGAUGGCGCACCGCGCGCGCGUCCUGCAGGGCGAGCGCACGAUCCGCAUGCACUAUGCGAACUGCAACUCGUACAAUGCGGACUUUGACGGCGACGAGAUGAACAUGCACUUCCCCCAGAGCCAGAUGGCGCGUGCCGAGUGCUACCACAUUGCGAGCACGGACCACCAGUACCUGGUGCCGACGAGUGGCAACCCGCUGCGUGGUCUGAUCCAGGACCACGUCGUGGCGGGUGUGUGGAUGACGUGCAAAAACACGAUGUACACGCGCGACGAGUACCAGCAGCUGCUGUACGGCGCGCUGCGCCCCGAGACUUAUGGCAUGGCCGGCCGGCUGCGCACGCUGCCGCCGGCGAUCUGGAAGCCUGUGCCGCGCUGGACGGGCAAGCAAGUGAUCUCGACGGUACUCCUCAACGUGACGCCAGGGCAUGCGCAGGGCCUGCACCUCGAUGCGAAGGCGCGCGUCGGCGCCAAGUACUGGGGCGCUGAGCAUGCCGCCGAGGAGACGGUCGUCGUACGCGAUGGCGAGCUGCUCACAGGCGUGCUGGACAAGUCGCAGAUCGGCGCGUCCGCGUACGGCCUGGUGCAUGCCGUCUACGAGAUCUACGGCCCUGAGAGUGCGGGCCGCCUGCUUUCGAUUCUCUCGCGGCUCUUCACCCUGUGGCUGCAGCACAACGCCUUCUCUUGCCGCAUGGACGAUCUGCUGCUCAGCGCGGCGGGCAACGACGAGCGACGCCGCCUGCUGCAGGAGGGUGCGCAGCACGGCCGCGCGACGGCCCUGGACCAUGUCGGGCUGGGCGAUGAGCGCGCAGACGACCCCGAUACGCACUACCAUCUGCGUGUGCGUCUCGAGGAGGUACUGCGUGACGACGACAAGCUGGCCGCACUUGACGCAGCGAUGAUGGGCGCCGCGAACAAGCUCACGUCGUCGGUCAUCUCCGCGUGUCUGCCGCGCGGCCUGGGGCGCACGUUCCCUGAGAACAACAUGCAGAUGAUGACUGUGUCGGGCGCCAAGGGCAGUGCCGUGAAUGUGUCGUCGAUCUCGUGCCUUCUCGGCCCGCAGGCGCUCGAGGGCCGCCGCGUGCCGGUGAUGGCGAGCGGCAAGACGCUGCCGUCGUUCAAGGCGUUUGAGACGGCGGCGCGGGCGGGCGGCUUUGUGGCGGGCCGCUUCCUUACGGGCAUUGCGCCGCAGGAGUACUACUUCCACUGCAUGGCCGGGCGUGAGGGCCUCAUCGACACGGCCGUGAAGACAUCGCGGUCCGGCUACCUGCAGCGCUGCCUGAUCAAGCAUCUGGAGGGCGUGUCGGUGCACUACGACCAGACGGUGCGCAACAGCGACGGCUUUUUGCUGCAGUUCCACUACGGAGAGGACGCGCUGGACGUGACCAAGAGCAAGUACCUCGACCGCUUCGACUUUAUGGUGCAGAACUUUGAAAGCUACCGCCGCCGCUACAACCCCGUGCAGCUCGCCUCGACGAUGGAGGUCGAGCUGGCGCCGGACCACAUGAAGCGCGCGCUCAAGAAGCCACAUAAGUACGCGCCCGCGCUCUCACUCUAUGCGCCCGCACGGCACUUUGGCUCCAUGUCCGAGACGUACGCGCGCCGCGUCGAGGAGUACGUGGCGGCGAACCCCAGCGGCCUCCUCGCGCGCAAGAAGGAGACAGGCGUGCCAAUGCCGCUCGCCCAGGCAAAGCUGAGCGCCGAGCAGUUCCGCGCGAUGACCAAGGUGCUGUACCACCGCGGACUCGUGGAGCCGGGCGAGAAUGUCGGCUUGCUCGCUGCACAGGGUAUCGGUGAGCCGUCGACGCAGAUGACGCUCAAUACGUUCCACUUUGCCGGUCACGGUGCGGCGAACGUCACGCUGGGUAUUCCACGUCUGCGUGAGAUUGUCAUGACGGCCUCGCAGGACAUCAAGACGCCGAUCAUGCGCCUGCCACUGCUCCAGGGCAUCACCGAUGAGCAGGUGAACACGUUCUGCCAGGACGGCUCGCGCCUUGUGCUGAGCCAGAUUGUCGAGGAGGCUACGGUCACGGAGCGCAUGAUGCCCAAGACAGCGGCGAAUGGCUACCAGCGGCAGAAGCUGUACACGGUGCGUCUCGCGCUGUAUCCUGCCGAGGAAGUGUGGGAAGCGUACCACGCCUCGACGGAGCAUGUGCUCCAGGGCCUGGAGGCGACGUUUGUUCCGCUUGUCGAGCGCGAGAUCGUGCGUGAGCUCAAGCGGCUGCGGCGCGAGCAAGUGCGCCAGUCGCAGUCGAUCGGACGCGGCGAGACCGUGUCCGAUGCACCGGGCGCGGAUGCCGACGGCGACGCGGACACCGAGGCGCCGCGUGCGCGCGACGGCGACGAGUCCGAUGACGAGCCGCUGUCCGACACGGGCGACGACGACGAUGCGACGGCGGCCAAGCGGCGGGCGAACGCAGGCUCGAAGGUGUCGUACGACGACGACGACGCGGCGGAAUCGGCCGAUGACAUCGCGCGUGCCUUUGACGACGAGGCCGUCGAGGACGAUGGCGAAGCGCAGGCCGAGGCGCAGGACGAGGGCCUCGAGGCCCAGGUCAGCGAUCUGGGCGAGCGCCUGCAGAACGAGAGCCAGUUUGUGUGUGCGUUCCGCUUCGACAGCGCACAUGGCGCGUGGGCCGAGUUUGAUCUGCAGAUGCUGAACAGCACCGAUAAGAUGCUGCUGAUCAACGUGAUUGAGCGCGUGUGCCGCGCGAGUGUGGUGCACGAGAUCCCACGGAUCAGCCGCCUGCUUGUUCCACCGCCGUCGCCAGGCGACACGGAGGUGGCGCUCACCGCCGAAGGUAUCAAUCUGCCAGGCCUAUGGGACUUUGGCUUCGGCGUCGUGGACAUGAACCGCAUCUACACGAACGACAUUGGCGCACUGCUCCACAACUACGGAGUGGAAGCAGCACGCGCCGCCAUUGUGAGCGAGCUCAAGGGCAUCUUCGACACGUACGGCAUUGGCGUAUCGAUGCGCCAUCUGUACCUGAUCGCCGACUACCAGACGGCGCUGGGCGACUUUAGGCCGUUUAGUCGUGGCGGCUUGGCUGAUGCGCCGUCGCCGCUGCUCAAGGCCAGCUUCGAGAUGACGAUGGCCUUCCUCAGUGGCGCCGCACUCUUCCAGGAGUCCGACAAUCUCUCGUCGCCGUCUAGCAACCUCGUCGUGGGCCGUCCUGUGACGACGGGUACUGGCGCGACGACCAUUCAUCUGCCGCUGGCGGCGGCUGCGUAG